CUACUAUCGAGCGUAUCUACCCUGCACCAGUUUGAAUUACCGGUUUUUUUCCAUUUAACAAAUCUAACAGCGUCUUUUACACUCGUCGUCUUGAAUUUUACGAAAAAGUCGUUACGGGUCGGUCGUCAGUUGCAAAUCGACAAAUUCAAAAAUGACGAAGAAAAAUAAGGUGCCCAUCAGGUCGCUUAGCAGACAGGAAGAGUUGCUGGAGGAGCAGGCGAAAUAUUUUGUGGAUUUGCAGGAAAGGAGGAUGACGUCUAUGGACAAGUUCAAAAAGUUUGUGUGGAACUCGGAAAAUAAAGCUUUUAUGGGCAGGACGGCGUCCAGCUGGUCAAAAAUUGGACUCUUCUACCUCGUAUUCUAUGGAAUGUUAGCAGCAUUGGUCGCGAUCUGCAUGUGGGUUUUCUUCCAAACCCUAAACCCUAGGAUCCCAAAAUGGCAACUGGACAGGUCGCUCAUCGGUACCAACCCGGGGCUGGGGUUCCGACCAAUGCCGCAAAAUAAUUUUGAAAGCACGUUGAUUUGGUUUCAGGGUUCUAACCGAACCAAUUAUCAGCCUUGGGUAGACAAUCUGCUGGAAUUUUUAGAUAAUUACUACUUCCCGAGCAAAAUAGCCAAAGGCAACGGCCAGAUAAAGACGUGUUCCCAUUCGGAAUUUCCAUCGGCCGAAAAAGACGAAGUUUGCGAAGUUGACGUGCGGGAGUGGGGUCAGUGCAACAAAGACGAAUAUUUCGACUAUCAUCGAAAUUCGCCGUGUAUAUUUCUAAAAUUGAACAGGAUUUACGGUUGGACGCCCGAAUAUUACCUGACAAACGAAGAAUUACCAGUUGAAAUGCCGAAACAACUUAGAGAACAUAUUUUGAGUAUAAAUAACACAAAUAUGAGAAAAAACGUAUGGGUAUCCUGUGAAGGUGAAACGCCUGCCGACAAGGAAUACAUAGGCAGCAUAACUUACUAUCCCAAAGGAGUCCAAGGAUUUCCAGGCUAUUACUUCCCUUACUUAAACAAAGAGGGAUAUUUAAGCCCAUUGGUAGCUGUGAGAUUUGAAAGACCCGUUCCCGGAAUCGUAAUCAACGUGGAAUGCAGAGCGUGGGCCAAAAACAUCCGAUACAGUCGGACAGAUAAAAUCGGUUCUGUACACUUUGAGCUCUUAAUCGAUUAACUUGGGUUUCUAACAAUGCUGACAUAGGAAACCAUCGAUUAUAGCUCUCCCGGAUACAAAUGCUCUUACUAUUUUAAAUUUGGUUAUUUAUUUUGUUCACAUAUAUAUUUUUUUUAAAUUCAACCAGAUGUAAUUUUACACAUUCUAUAAAAUGCAUUAUUAAAAGUAAAAGUAUAAUUAAAGAUCUCCCAGAAAUUAGGAAAGGAAAUUUUGCUAUAUAAUUAAGAUUGAUAGGGAAAAAUUUAAUCACAACACAUCUAAUGCGGUACUGCUGAUUUGUAAAUUGUAUUAUAAUGGUAAUAGUCGUUUAUUUAUAAAUACAAUUAACACAAUUUUUUGUAGUACAUACUCAACAGAUGUAUAUACUGUUUUGUUUUUGUUUUGUACUGAUGUAAUAAGGAUGACCUGCCAGUUCAAUAUAUUUUUUCA